UCAUAGAUCUCUUUCUUACUCAGAAAAACCGGUCGUUUUGGUUGCUGACGCACUCGCCCACCGAAGAAAUCCAAAGCUUAAGAAACGGGCGAGUACAUGAAGAAAUCAAACAUCACUGGAGACGUUGCUGUGAUGGAACGUUCCACUGGUGUCCUCGCAAGACCUAAAACUCUUCCUUUGAAACCAGAUGACACUUCUUCUUCUUCUUUCUGCUAUCUCCAGCUCCGAAACCGACGCCUUCACAGAUCCCCACCACCUUCCAAACAACCGCAAUCCAGAGGCAAAACUUGGAAACCACAAAAUCUUAGCUCUAACUCUGCCUCUACCUCUUCCUCUAACUCGAAACCCAAUUCUAGCCUCAGGUUGAACUCCAUUCGCUCUGGCUCAGUUAAGUCGGCUCCACACGGUUGUGAUGGCAGGGAUGUGCAGGGGUCUUUUGAUUAUAAAGAAAUGAGGCAAAAUGAUAUUAAUGAAGUCGGUAAUGAGGAGGCCUCCUUUGGAGAAAAUAAAUUGGAGCUUGAACCCAGAGACAGGAGCAUCAGAGAAAGCACGCCAUGUAGCUUGAUAACCGCAUCAGACGCCAUGGGAACUGCCAGAUCUAACACUAGACGAAUUAGAUCAACUUACCAUGGUGGUCGGAAUGACAGCAGAGAAUUAUGCCAACACCGCGACAAAUGGAGGAAUUUUUUGCCUAUGCAGAGCAACAACAAAGAAGAAUUUUCAUGGAGAAGUACAACUUUGACACUCUGAAUGAUUUGCCGCUUCCAGGGCGUUAUGAAUGGGUGCAAGUGUUUCCAUGAGAAAAACUUGAUAAAUUUCUACUUCUCGUCGCACAGACUUCCUAAUAAUAUCUAUCUCUCGGUGGGCUUUGAAGUGGCUGGGAUUGAACUAAGAUAUGUAAUUCGAGGAUCUGGAAGUAACAGAGCUGAUGAAUUACACAGUAAUAAAAAAUUCAAGGGAAAAAAAUAAUGCAAGAGGAAAUUGGAGUUGGUUGUGUAGUUUAGGAUUUUUAAUGGUUUCAUCGCGUUAAUUUAUUGGGGUUAUUUCUAAUUACUAGAUUUUCUUUCUGUCUUUUUUUCCCUUGAAAGUUUCACGUUUGUCUGUACUUAGGAUUGAACUAUGGAUGCUAGAAAUAAAUGUAACUGGGUUGUCAUUUUAAUGUUUUCA